CCAUUUUCAGUUUGUAUGCUAGAAUUUUCUUUUUCCAGAGAACAUGAUGUACCAUACCAUGUGAGAGUAUCGAUUAACAACAAAAUCUUUGUAGGAUCAUGGUAUUCAAUACAAACCCGAGGUCAACAUGGUAUCCCUGUUAUUACAAAGCGAGAUGAUCUUAUCGAUAGGCCAGACAUGAUCGUGCUUGCAUUUGAUAUCGAGACAACAAAAUUACCUCUCAAAUUUCCUGAUGCCAGCACAGAUCAGAUUAUGAUGAUUUCAUACAUGAUUGAUGGGCAAGGCUACUUGAUUACCAAUCGAGAAAUAAUUUCUGCUGAUGUGGAUGAUUUUGAGUACACCCCGAAACCAGAAUUUGAAGGAUUUUUUACUAUUUUCAAUGAGCAAGACGAAGCAUCGCUAUUGAGAAAAUUCUUUGAGCACAUAAUGGAGGUAAGGCCUCAUAUUUUUGUUACCUACAAUGGUGACUUUUUUGACUGGCCAUUUGUUGAAACUCGAGCUGGGUUUUACAACCUGAAUAUGAAGCAGGAAAUUGGGUUUUCUAAGAACAACGAAGGGAUUUAUUCAUGCAGAACUGCCAUCCAUAUGGACUGCCUUUGUUGGGUGAAGCGUGAUUCUUAUUUACCUGUUGGAUCUCAGAAUUUAAAGGCAGUGGCCAAGGCCAAACUCCGUUAUGAUCCUGUUGAGCUUGACCCUGAAGAAAUGUGUCGCUUGGCUGCAGAUGAGCCCCAAGUUUUGUCGAAUUAUUCAGUCUCUGAUGCUGUGGCUACGUACUACUUGUACAUGAAGUACAUACAUACUUUUAUCUUUGCACUCUGCACAAUCAUUCCAAUGGAACCUGAUGAGGUCCUCAGAAAAGGUUCAGGGACAUUGUGUGAAACACUGUUGAUGGUUGAAGCAUUUCAUGCAAAUAUAGUCUUUCCAAAUAAGCAAGAGACAUCAUUCAACAAAAUGACUGAAGAUGGGCAUGUCCUAGAGCAAGAAACUUAUGUUGGUGGACAUGUUGAAGCAUUAGAAUCCGGAGUUUUUCGUGCAGAUGUACCGUGUCGUUUCAAAAUGGUACCAGCAGCUUUUGACGCCCUAAUGGGAACAGUAGAGCAUGCUCUUAAGCAUGCAAUUGAAGAGGAGGAAAAAAUUCCUGUGGAAACUGUUCUAAAUUUUGAUGAAGUUGCUGCAGAUAUAAAAGCAAAGCUCCGAUCUCUACGAGAUACACCCAUUAGAAUAGAGUGUCCAAUUAUUUACCAUUUAGAUGUUGGUGCCAUGUACCCAAAUAUCAUUCUGACCAACAGACUGCAACCAUCAGCAAUGGUAGAUGAUGCAACAUGUGCUGCUUGUGACUUCAAUAAACCGGGUGCCAAGUGCCAAAGGAAAAUGACAUGGAUGUGGCGCGGAGAAAUCAUUCCAGCUAGUCGUAAUGAAUAUGUCAGAAUUCAGCAUCAACUUGAAACAGAAAAAUUCCCUCCAAAAUAUCCUGGAGAGCCUCAGCGUGCGUUUCACCAACUAACUCGAGAAGAGCGUGCUACUGUUGAAAAAAAGCGACUUCAAGAAUACUCACGGAAAGUUUACAAAAAGACCCACACCACUAGAAUUGAGGAGAGGGCAACAACAGUUUGUCAAAAGGAAAAUUCUUUCUAUGUUGACACUGUCAGAGCUUUCAGAGAUCGAAGAUAUGAGUACAAAGCUCUUACAAAGAAAGCUAAAAAACAGGUUGCAGAAGCUCUUGAAAAAAAUGAUGCUGGAGAGAUAAAAUCUGCGAAAAAUCGUGAAGUUUUGUAUGACUCUUUACAAAUAGCUCACAAAUGCAUCCUGAACUCUUUUUAUGGUUACGUCAUGCGGAAAGGCGCCAGAUGGCAUAGUAUGGAGAUGGCUGGAAUAGUGUGUCACACUGGAGCUAAUAUCAUCACAAGAGCUAGAGAAAUCAUUGAAAAAGUUGGUCGACCACUUGAAUUAGAUACAGAUGGUAUUUGGUGUGUUUUACCUGCAUCUUUUCCAGAAAAUUAUGUGAUUAAUUCCACACAUCCGGGCAAAAGUAAAAUUACCAUCUCUUACCCAAAUGCUGUACUGAAUUCCAUGGUGAAGGAAUAUUUUACUAAUCACGUUUAUCAUGAACUGACGGAUCCGAAAACUCUCAGCUAUGAAACUCGCAGUGAGAACUCAAUUUUCUUUGAAGUUGAUGGUCCUUACCUAGCUAUGGUGUUACCAGCAUCCAAAGAAGAGGGAAAGAAGCUCAAAAAACGCUAUGCCGUUUUCAAUUUUGAUGGAUCUCUGGCUGAAUUGAAAGGGUUUGAGGUAAAACGAAGAGGUGAAUUGCAACUCAUCAAAAUUUUCCAGUCCUCAGUUUUUGAAGCAUUUUUGAAAGGGAAAACUUUGGAGGAGUGCUAUAGCCAUGUGGCAAAAGUAGCGGACUAUUGGCUUGAUGUUCUUUAUAGCAAGGCUUGCAACAUGCCUGACUCGGAACUGUUUGAGCUCAUUUCCGAAAAUCGCUCCAUGUCAAAGAAAUUGGAAGAUUAUGGUGGUCAAAAAUCAACAUCAAUUAGCACUGCUAAAAGACUUGCUGAAUUUUUAGGGGAUCAAAUGGUCAAAGAUGCAGGGCUUGCCUGCAAGUUUAUCAUAUCUAAAAAGCCUGAAGGGUUUCCUGUGACUGAUCGUGCUGUACCGCUAGCCAUUUUUCAAGCUGAGUCCAGUGUCAAAAGACAUUUCUUACGGAAAUGGCUGAAGGAUGGAACCUUAAAUGAUGUUGAUAUCAGAGAAGUAUUAGAUUGGGAUUAUUACAUUGAGCGCAUUGGAAGUGCUAUACAAAAAAUUAUCACGAUUCCUGCUGCCUUACAAGGGUUACCAAACCCGGUACCAAGAGUUCAGCAUCCAGAUUGGCUUCAUAAAAAGAUUCUUGAAAAAAAUGAUACUCUGAAGCAACGGAAAAUCAACGAAUUGUUCACGUAUCAAGCAAAACCUGUGGUGGAAUCCAUGCCUACAUGCAGUCAAGUGAUGCCCGAGGAUGAACCUACCGUUCAAGAUAUUGAAGAUGGUCCCAAACCAAGUAAAAUUGUAGUGGACAAACAGAUCACAGCGAAAGUCAACAAGAGGAAAAGAACUGAGUCACCUGUUCAAGACCCUCUUACAUGGCAAGAUGCUUUUGGACGUCCACCCUCGAUUGGGACUUCCAGGAAAGCAUUUUUGAAAUGGUUAAAGUACAUGAAAAAGAAAUGGGCCUGGCAAAGAGAAAAUCGCCUAAAAGUGAUAAACGUUUCUCAUGCUCUGCAUGAUGAUUUUGGCCAAGUUGAAGAAGUAGCACACAAAAGACGCAAGGGAGUGGCUCCUGGAGCUCUCAGUAAUUUUUUAAUGAAGACCCAAAGGACAUUGCUUGACUCAGCCUGGCAUAUUUUACAGUUGCAAGAAACUAAUGAGCCAGGCGUUUUGAAAGUCCACAUGGUCGUAAAUGGUGAAAUGCAUCAGACAAAGCUGAUAGUCCCUCGAAUAUUUUAUGUCAACCAGCGCACUCCGAGAGAUGAAACUCCAAAUUGCUCCUUCAGGAAAUGUCAUAGAAUCCUUCCCAGAGCACAACCUGUCUUCAAUUUGUACCAGUACAGAGUGGACGAAUCUAAAUUUCAGAAACAUUCACGACAACUAAUGAAAGAUUUAUGUAAUGUGAACAUUGAAGGAAUAUACGAGACUCAAAUCACUCCAAUUUUGCGGGUUAUUAUUGAGCUGGGCAGUGUUUGCAGCGUCGAUCGAAAUUUUGCUAAACACCUCGUUGUUGCUGGCAAGUCGAAUUUGUCAACAUUUUCACUGGAACAUUUAGUUGCUUGUCCCACAGUCAAUUAUUUGCCCUCUAAUUACUACUCUCGUUUGAACCAGAUUUAUCUCUACUAUCAUAAAGCCCCAACCGGAUCAAAAGCAAUGAUUGGCCUCUUUUUAUCACCAAAAAAAAAAGCUGAAAUAUAUGUUCUGGAUGGAUCACAAAACAACCGCAUGCCGAAUCUCACUAAUUUGUACUCUGCAGAAAGAAGAGCUAGAGUAUCAAAAGGAAGUCCCGAAGAAUUGUUACCCGCAAAGGAUGUUUCAUUUGAAGUUCACAUUGAGACGCAACCUCUACGUGCAUACCGUGCAAUUGGUCGUGCUUUAAGAGCAUAUAAAGAUGAAGUGAAAGGACCUACUGUAUUGGUUGUUCAGUCACUAGUUGAUAUUGCUGCUCUAAAAAUCCAUAUUCCUGAUAUGACAGAUUUUCCAGUCAUUCCAUUUCCAAUUAAUGAAGUUGAAGAAGACCUGUACCUAGACCCUUUCAACUGGCAGAGACAUAGUAGCCAGACACUCCUGAAGUAUUAUUUGAACAGCGGUGCAAGUACAAGUUUCGCCGUUGAACAGGCGCGCUAUACCAAAAUACCCAUCUGUAACAUACCACCUGCAGUUGAUAAGUCUCGAUUAUUUUCAGCGGACGUCUUAUUUGCGCGGCAGCUGAUGGAAAAUAACUUUGUACUAUGGAUAUCAGGCAGUGAUUUGACAGCACCAGAUUUUGGAACAGGAAUUUUUGCAGAGGACCACAGAAACCAAACAGAAUUCGAAGAUAACAGCAACAUGAUGAUUAACAAUUCGGGAUGUUACACUUUCAUGAGUUUAGAACUGGACAUCGAGGGUCUUGCUGUAAAUGCAAUGCUUCAGUCUCAUCAUGUGCAAGAUGCCGAAGGUACUAAUUUUGCUGUCGCCUUUGAUCAAAUGCCACAGUCAUCCUUGGAAGAUAUGGUCACUGCUGUGAAACACUCUUUGCCCAGCUAUGACGAGUCAGCUCUGUGUAGCUCAGCCUUUCGAAUUUUACGAGCAACUGUCAAUACGUGGCUUCGAGAUGUCGUACAGCAUAAAAAUGCUUUUGCUGAUCUGCAAUUAGUUCAAUUUUACAGGUGGGUGUCAUCUCCAACAUCGCUUCUGUAUGACCCAGCUAUCCACCGCACUCUGUGUAAAUUAAUGAAAAAGCUUUUCAUGCAGCUUAUUGCUGAAUUUAAACGUCUCGGCUCUGUUGUGAUCAAUGCUAACUUUAACAAAAUUCUCAUUUGUACAAAGAAAAGAUCUCUAAAGGAUGGUGUUGGAUAUAUUGAAUUUGUAGUGCGAAACAUCAGGAACAAAGAAAUAUUUCAUUACAUCGAAUUGCUCUAUCGUAAAAGCUCCUGGGAAUACCUUUUAUGGUAUGAUCCAUAUAAUUUCGGUGGCAUCCCUACAAAAAUGCCAGAGAAUUUAUUAAGUGUCGGUGAGAACAACAAUCUAGACGAAUUAUUUGCAGAGCAAUGUGAAGCAAUCCCUGAUCAGAGUUCAAACUUAAGUUUUACGAGCAAUUUGAAAGGAAAAAAGGAUUUCUCAGAUUCUAAGCUUGAGCAAGAGGGAACACUAAUAGAUGAAGAAAAAAAUGAAGAAAAUGAGAUAAGGAACAAGACUAAAUAUUCUACUGGAAAGGGAAGUGUUGAAUUGAACUUUCAUAUGGUUGAACAUUUACCAGAGAUGUUUCAAAAUCAGUUUAGGAACAUUAUCGGUGGUUAUAUAGGCUUGAUUUUUGAUUUCUUAUCUGAAAACGUAGGGAAGCAAAAUGCAGAUGAUUUACUGAAUAAUCGAAAAUUGCUAUCCUCUCAAUUAAGUCAGAUAACACAGUCAGUUCCCCUCGGCACUAAUUCAUUUGAAGCUGCUAAAGAGUAUGCUCAACACUUAAUUAAAACAGAAUUAACGCCAAAAUUACUAGCAUUAGUGCAGAAAUUAGACCAAAAAUUCCCCAAGUAUCAGAUUGAUAAUAAUCUAGUUCCAGGCAUAAAACUGCAAGAAAUCAAACCAUCACUUGAAUUUAUAAAAGUUGUCACACAAGUGUUAAGUUUAGAUCCAUCAAUAUCUAAUGAAAUUCAAAAGUUGCGGAGCUUCGCUUUCCAAAUGAUUGGAACCAGUGCCUUCAGCAAUGAAUCUCAAUUCUUUGAUCCAUUCAUCAACAUUCUAAUUCCAGAGAUCAUCUGUGAUUACUGCAAUUAUUCACAUGAAAUCAAUGUCACAAAAGAAAUCCACAAAAAGAAAACGGAAGAUGGAUUUUUUGUUUGGUUCUGCCCUUUUUGCAAAUCUAAUUAUGAUAUGGAGACCAGAAUUCAAAACACUCUGAUAGAUUCUGUGCAUACUAAGUUAAUGACUUAUUCUUUACAAGAUUUAAUUUGUUCUACUUGCCGGCAAAUAAAACUGGACAAUCUAAGUGAAAGCUGUGAAUGUGCUGGAAAAUACAAUUUGUUAUUCCAGUACAAAGAAGUUUAUCAAUUUUUAUCUACUAUCUGUAAUAUAGCCUACCAGUUCAAUAUGCUUCUACUCCAAGAGCUGUGUCAAAACUAUUUGAAAAUGAAUUACUCCUAAUCAUUGUGAUAGAACUUUUGUUGUUUGUAUCCUUCAUUAAGAAUCUAAUGAUAUCUUACAUUUUAGUUCAAACAAAUUUUUAUUUGAUUUUUAUCUACAUUGUUCCUCCUUAGCACUAAAACCAACGUUAAAUCAAGUUCAAACUUUGGUAAACUUUAGAGGUUCGCGAAGCUUCGCAUUUUGCGAAGCGAAGCGAUAAUUACGCGAUAAUGAACGCGGUAAUUCCAAUUUUCGCGCUCUUUUGGAUACGAUGCCGAAUGCCUAUGCUUGAUGGAUAAUUCGUCCGCGUGAACCGGUUCUUUGCGCAUGCACUUGCGGCCGCUCCGCGUUAUUUAGCGCCUUUUCUUGAGGACUCUGCCUGGUCAGCGUUCAUAAGUAAGUAUUUUGUACUGAACUCAAACUGUAUGAACAUUUGUAACAAAUGUUCAUCUUAUUUGUUCUUAUGAGACUUUUUUACUUUGCGUUCUCGAAUAAACUUAAUAAAGUUUUUUGAAAAGCUUAAA